AUGAACGCCUUGGAAUCAUUUGCGUUGCCGGAAGACCAAAGCACGACUGAUUCCGCUAGCCCAGAGCAUGUAGCGACACCUGUAGGAGCUGUGACUUCCCCCAAGUCUGAUACAGCCUAUCCGACACCCUCCAGUUCUAGCGGCAGGAUAACGCAACGCCAGCCCAUUGAUAUACAACUGUCAACUGACAGCCUCUAUCCAUCCCUGGCAACGACACCCAUGGGGCCUGCUACGCCCUUUGGGUCUAAUGCCACUCCUUCAUCUUAUCCAACCCCCUCUUCAUAUGUUGAAUCUCCCCCGGCGGAAGAGUCACGUACUCUUCAGGAACCCAGAAUCCCGAGUCAGAAAUGUAGUAAAGGUAGUAUAUUGCCCUUAUUAAAGGCGCUCGAACUUCCUGUUGAAUAG